UUUUUCAAUUCCCUCCACCACCGCACCCUCUGGUCUUCUUCCACCGCCUCCUUAGCGGAGCCCCGUCGCCGCCCCCGAACACUAUCCUUUGAAUCGCGUUUCGUCCUCCUUUUCGAUCGAAGCGCUAGGGUUUUUGGGGUCGUCGAAGGAUGCGGAGGGGUCCUCCGCCGCGCGACGAUGUCCCACCGCCGCCGCGAUCCCGCGAUCCCCGCGCCGCCCUCUGAUCUCUGCGCCGGCGAUUCCUAUCGUAGGAGAUCGGCCCCCGCCGAUGAGGAAUCGCGCCGACCCUUGCUCGACUCGGCGGCGGCGGCGGCGGCGGCAGAGGCGGUCCGUAGCGUGAUCGACGAGCUCGAUCGCGCCCCACGGCGGUUCUCCGGCGGCGGCGGUGGGGGGAGUAGUAGCUAUGGGGGGAGCUUGUUCACGAUCGAGGGGAGCGGAGCGUCGGGGACGACGGUGACGGCGUUGGGGAGCGGAUCGGGGAGAGAAGAGGAGGGGGAGGUGGAGAGGAGCUGGGCGCAGAGGGCGAGGGAGAGCUACUACCUGCAGCUGUCGCUGGCGAUGCGGCUCACGUCGCAGGCGUUCCUGGCGGAAUCGCCGCACUGCCUCCUUCAGGAGAGCGCGGAGGAGAUCUGCGGGGUGUCGUCGGAUUCCGACACGGUCUCGUACCGCCUCUGGGUCAGCGGAUGCUUGUCGUUCUCUGAUAAGAUAACACAUGGAUUCUACAACAUAUUGGGAAUAGAUCCAUAUCUAUGGGCAAUGUGCAAUGGAUCAGAAGAAGGCAGGCGGCUUCCCACAUUGACGGCGCUUAGGGAGGCCAAUCCAAGUGAAUCUUCUUUGGAGGUCGUCCUCAUCGACAAAAAUCAAGAUUAUGCCCUAAUCAAGCUCGAAAGAAGAGCCCAGGAGCUCUGUCAUGCAUUAGGGUUCACCUUAGAUCUUGUAAAAGAGCUUGCAAGACUUGUUUCGGAUUGCAUGGGGGGUGCAAUGAAAUCAGAGGAGGGGGAUUUGUAUAUGCUAUGGAAAUCAUCUAGCAAACAAUUGAGGAAGCGUCAGCAAUGCAUCGUUGUCCCUAUCGGCAGUUUAUAUGUGGGAUUUUGUAGGCACCGUGCCAUUCUUUUCAAGGAGCUAGCUGAUUUAAUAGGCCUCCCAUGUCGAAUUGCGCAAGGUUGCAAGUAUUGUUCUUCAGCACAUCGUUCUUCUUGUCUUGUCAAACUUGAGGAUGCUAAGAAUAUUUUACGGGAGUACGUAGUAGAUCUUAUUGGUGAACCAGGAAAUGUAAAUGAUCCUGAUUCAUCCAUUAAUGGCCGCUUGCUCUCCUUUGUACCAUCACCUUUCCAAGUUUCACAUUUGAUGGGUUGCAAAGACUAUUAUACCCCUAAUACAUGUUACAGUCAACAGUUAAUUAGAGAGCAUAAAGGUGUUCUUGAUGCAAAUUCUAAACAUUCAGGAAUCUCAGAUGCAGUCGCAAGGAACUCUAUUAUUCCUUUUCUUGGGAAUAAAAGCAUCCCGCAAGUAUCUAUCAUAGAAGGCAUUGUUUCAAAACAUAAUCAGUUCACAAGGAGUGGGAACAACCUAUCAGAAAUGGACGUAUCUAGACAAUUAAAACUGACGGAGAUAAGUAACAAGGGUGAGAAUAAUGGGAACUAUCCAAACGUCGCUAUUCCAAAAUACUUGAGUCUUGAACCAUCUCUUGCUAUGGAUUGGCUUGAGAUCUCAUGGGAUGAGUUGGAAAUGAAGGAGCGUGUUGGUGCUGGUUCGUUUGGCACUGUUUAUCAUGCUGAGUGGCAUGGAUCGGACGUUGCAGUGAAAGUCCUUACUGAACAAGAUUUUCGUGAAGAUCAGCUGAAAGAGUUCCUCAGAGAGGUUGCGAUAAUGAAACGGGUUCGGCAUCCAAAUGUUGUACUAUUCAUGGGUGCUGUCACCAAGCGGCCUCAUCUGUCAAUAGUGACAGAGUAUCUGCCACGAGGUAGCCUCUACCGUCUUAUCAACAAAGCAGCUGCAGCAGAAAUGUUGGAUCUGAGGCGUCGAUUACGUAUGGCCUUAGAUGUGGCCAAAGGCAUCAAUUAUCUUCAUUGUCUAAAUCCACCUAUUGUCCAUUGGGAUUUGAAGUCUCCAAACUUACUGGUAGAUAAGAACUGGUCUGUGAAGGUAGCUGACUUUGGCUUGUCCAGGUUCAAGCCAAACACUUUCGUCUCCUCGAAAUCUGUCGCUGGGACUCCCGAAUGGAUGGCUCCAGAAUUCCUCCGCGGCGAGCCAUCGAAUGAGAAGUGCGAUGUUUACAGCUUUGGAGUUAUUUUGUGGGAGCUGCUCACAAUGAAGCAACCAUGGAGUGGUCUCAGCCCAGCACAGGUUGUUGGAGCAGUAGCAUUUCAGAAUAGAAGGCUCACACUACCGCAAGGUGCUUCCCCGGAUUUGGCUGCUCUGGUUGAAUCUUGCUGGGCUGAUGAUCCGAAACAGCGCCCAUCCUUCUCGAGCAUCGUUGAUACGCUGAAGAAGUUAUUGAAAUCGUUGACACCGACCGAGCAUCGUUGAUACGCUGAAGAAGUUAUUGAAAUCGUUGACACCGACGGGCAGUUCGACGGGGAGUUUGUGAAGAUGAUGGCAAGUUAUUGAAAGCGUCCGACUCCCCGGCAGGGAGUUCGUGAAGAUGAGCUCCGUUGGCGGGUUUAGUUUGUUUAUCCUAUGUCAUAUCUAUAGGUAGUUUUGUUGGCUUGUUCUGAUUUAUUAUUACUUGCUACCAAUAAGGUGGAUUAUAUGUAUGUAAUCUCCAUCGAGGUAAUAUUCCUACAAGUUUGAUGAACUUGUUAAUGAGAUAAUCACCAGUGUUAGGAGUAGCAUUUGCGCGACA